AUGUUGUCUGUAGCUCUUCUGCUGCUGCUGGCAGCUGGAUCCUGUGUGAAGUGUGAGACACUGACACAGCCAGCCUCUGUGACUGUGCAGCCAGGACACACUCUCACCAUCUCCUGUACUGUCUCAUACUCUGGCUACUACACUGCAUGGAUCAGACAGCCUGCUGGGAAACCAAUGGAGUGGAUUGGACACAAUUGUGCAGGAUGUACAGCUACAAUUAAACCUUCACUGAACAACAAAUUCAGUAUAGAGCAUUCCUCCAGCAACACAGUGACUCUGAAUGGACAGAACAUGCAGCCUGGAGACACUGCAGUGUACUACUGUGCUCGAAUUAUUCACUGUGACUACGCUUUUGACUACUGGGGAAAAGGAACCAUGGUAACCGUCUCAUCUGCCACACCCACGGCCCCCACGGUCUUCCCGGUUAUGCCAUGCAACUCUGGUACUGGAACCGAUGUGACACUGGCUUGUCUGGCCACCGGCUUUUCCCCAUCGGCGGUGAGCUUUACGUGGACUAAAGGCGAUGUCGCUCUGACUGACUCCAUCCAGUAUCCACCUGUACUCAAAGACAACCUCUACUCCGGAGUCAGCCAAAUCCGAAUUCCCAGAAACGAUUGGGAAAACCGGGCUUCCUACAAAUGCAAAGUGGACCAUGCGGCCGGAAAUAAAGAAGUGAAUUUCAUUAAGCCAAAUGUGAUUUAUCAAUUGCCGAAUCUUACAAUGAUGACCUCUGAAGAAAAUGAGCAGGUUACGUUUUCCUGUCUGGCAAACAAUUUUGCACCCAAUGUCUUUGAUUUUAAUUGGCUGAAAGACAGUGCCAACAUCAACACAGACCUGGCGUUCACCAUGCCCCCCAAAGCCGUGAAGACCACCAAAGGAACAGUGUAUUCUGCAGCAAGUUUCCUGACUCUGCCAGUGAGCAACGUGCAUAGCUAUGACAAAUUCACCUGCAACUUUAAGCUGGGGAAAGGGCAAAAACAGUUAACAACAAAUAUAACACAAGAAUACAGUCCUUCAGACAAAUGUGCCGGCACGACAUUUGAAGGUAGCAUGACAAUCAUCCCGCCUUCUGUGCAAGACAUGCUGUAUUAUCGAACAGGAAAGAUCAGAUGUGAAGUGAAUGUGGCCGAGCCCAAUAAAGUCAUCAGUGUCUCCUGGACUGAUGAGAAGCUAAAUGUACUGAUGAACAACACUGACGAAGGGGCGGAGGUCCGGGGACAGCGCUUUGUUCUGGAUCUGGAAAUCACAUACAACGAGUGGAACAGUGGCAUCAGGCGUGUGUGUCAACUAGAUCAUCAGGAUCUGCUCACUGACCCACUGAAAAAAGUCUAUGAGAGAAAGAAUGACUUCAGUGAGCAGACGCCCCCCUCUGUAUUCAUGCUGGCGCCUGUCAAACAAACUAAAGAUAACAAGGUGACCCUGACUUGCUAUGUAAAAAACUUCAACCCCAAGGAAAUCUAUGUCACGUGGCUAAUUGACGAUAAAGAGUCAAAGCAUGACUUCAAUACAACCAACAGCAUGAAAAUCAAUGGCGAUUACUACGCCUACAGCCACCUGACCGUGCCUCUGAAUGAGUGGGAGGAGUCAGAGCAUGUGUACAGCUGCUUGGUUUACCAUGAGGCCAUUGACGAGAACACAAACAUUGUCAGGUCUAUCACGCAGCACACCUCUCAGCAAACCACCAUGGUUAACCUCAACAUGAAGUUCCCUGACAUGUGCAAGGCCUAGUAGAUCUGCGUCUGCGUCUCUGUGUGUUAUGUUUUGUCCUGCAUACUUACAUUCAAAACAAUAAAAAUCAUCAGCAAAUA